AUGACGAGUUCAAUAGAGGAAACCACAAUUAUAACACCAGAAGAUGAAUUAGCUGCGCACAUAUUGAUACAACUAAGCCGAGACUCUUGGAACCGGCCAAGAGAAGAAGACGCUAUAGCUGAUGAGGCUGAGGUUCCGCCGACUUUAGUAUUACAACAAGUAAGUGAAGCUCCUAAACAACCGUCCAAGAGGUCAAAGUGUAAUGAAAUUCAGUCUAAGAAGAUUAGGAAACAGCCUCGUAAGAGGAAACGUGUGGCGGAAGAAGACGAUUCCGAAGCUUUAACAACAAAAAAAAGUGACAAUUCCGAAGAAACCCUAAUGUUAAUGCACGAAUGGAACCAAGCUGAGCUCGAUCCUUUAGAGAUAUUCCCCGGUGUUGCGGAACAAUUCAGCGAACCGAUAAAGAAGCAGUUGACGAAGAGUGACGUGGAGGACAAUCAAAGCAGGCUCAUGUUAGGGAUGCUGAAAGUGCAACAAAGGAUGCUUCCUCUUUUGGAAGCAUCAGAGGAUCCGUACGAGGAAGACGGGAUUGAUGUUAAAGUGUACGGACCAAACGGUGUGGUUCAAAAGAUGAAGUUCAAGAUCUGGAAUAAUAAAACGCCUGUGUUGACUACCGGAUGGAAGGAGUUCGUGGCCAAGUGUGGUCUCAAGAUGCAUUGCGAUUUUAUCGCAGUUUGGAUGUUUAGGCACAUGAGGACUCGUAAGAUUUGCUUCGCUAUUGGAUGCAGUAGGUUCCCUUCUAUACAGAAACCUCUAAGUACAAGGAUUGUGAGGGAAGUCUUCUCGAAUCAAAAUUAG